GCCACCUUCGCGAUCGACGACUUCAUCGUGCCACAAGAUUGCCAGACGUCAGCCACGUAAAGCCAAAGAACGCUGAUAUCAAUAGUGAAAACACUUCUACGGGCUGUGAUUGUGUGGAGUGGAGGAGUGUUUUUAAGGAAAUCAGCUUCCAAGGUAUCCAUCUUAUUUGGCUAGUCCGCAGUAACCUAAAACAGAUGAGCGCCGCUUAAAUCCGUGUACUCGCAGUUGAGCUUCACAUACACCAAAGUAGGUAGCCGUUGCAGUACAGAGAAAAUAUAUGUCUUGGCUCAACUUCCUUGUCGUUGACGCAGUCCAUCCAUGCUGGUGACUCAGGAUUUCUCAAUAUGGGAGCGAAUCAGUCCUCCAACACAGGCAGUGCGGGCGCGUCGCAAAAUGGUGGGGAAGUAAAAACCAGUUAUUACGAACUGCUUGGCGUAGAACGUCAGGCUACAGAUGACGAACUCAAAAAAGCGUACCGCCGUAAAGCGCUCGAGCUACAUCCUGAUCGUAAUUAUGGCGACGUCGACCGAGCGACCAAGCUUUUCGCAGAGAUCCAGGCCGCGUAUGAAGUCUUAUCUGAUCCCCAGGAACGCGCAUGGUACGACUCUCACGAGCAAAUCAUACUACGUGGGGGUGAGCCCACUGAUGAGGGCAACUACGAAGCAGAUUUGGGGAUAACUUCUGCAGACGAAGUCACUGCGUUGAUGCGCAAAUUCAACCGCAAUGUAGACUUUAGUAAUUCACCCAGCGGCUUCUUCGGAUUCCUGCGAGAUAUUUUUGAGAAAUUGGCAAAGGAAGAGAUGGCUGCAGCGCAUAUGGUCGGCGGGCAGGCGAGGGACUAUCCCUCGUUUGGACACAAAAACGACGACUACGAUGAUGUUGUGAGGGAGUUCUACGCCGUUUGGAUCAGCUUUGCAACUCUCAAGACAUUUUCAUGGAAACACAAAUAUCGAAAGUCAGAGGCAGACGAUCGCUGGCAGAGACGUGCUGUAGACAAGGAAAAUGCAAGAUUAGCUGAGCAAGGGAGGAGAGAAUUCAAUGAGGCGGUGAGGACAUUGGUGGCUUUUGUAAGGAAGCGCGAUCCCAGAUACACGCCAAAUACGCAAACAGAUGAUGAGCGUGCCAAGGCUAUGCGGGAUGCUGUCAAGGCUCAAGCUGCGCGACAGAGAGCGCAAAAUGAAGCUUUGAAGAACCAAGCUAUCCCAGAAUGGGCAACAAGGAGAGCGCCUGACGAGCUUGAGGAGAGUGAGGAAGAGGUGGUGGAGGAAGAGCACUUCGAGUGCAUGGCAUGCAAGAAAACCUUUAAGAGCGAAAAGCAAUGGGAUGCACAUGAGAAAAGCAAGAAGCACCAGAAAGCAGUCCAAACCCUGAAGAAGAAAAUGCGGAAGGAAAAUGCUCAUUUCGGUUUAGACGACGACUUCUCGAGCAGUGGUGGCGUAGUCACUCCAGUCGAAGUAGAAGCUGAAGACUACGAGACCGCGAAAUCCGUCAUUCACCCACACGCAAACAGAGACGAGAACAAAGACGAAGAGACAGGUGAAGACCUUGCUGAGGUCCUCGAGAAUAUCUCCGUCGCAUCGCAAGUGGAGAAUCAUGGCACAAAGGUCACUAUAGAAGGCGAAACUACCAUCAAUUCGCCCACGCCAACUAGCGCAGACCAAGCCAACGACAUUGAGGACUUAACAGCCGCUCAAGAGUCAGACUCCGAGCACAGCGAGCCGGACAGCUCUGAGCAAAACCACAAAUCUGGCUCAGAAAUGCCAGUAAUAAUGAAAAAAGAUAGCGACGAUUACGAUAUUUCAACAGUCCCGAGAAUGGGUAAAGCUGCCCAGAAGCGGGCGAAGAGGGCUGCUAAGCAAGCAGCGACUGAUGAGGACGAGUUGAGGCAUAAAUGUGCAGUGUGUAAUACAGGUUUUCCUUCGAAGACAAGGUUGUUCCAGCAUAUUAAUGACUUGGGUCACGCGGCCCCUGUAACGGCGACAAAAGGUGCAAAAGGUAAAGGUGGUAAAGGUAAAAGGAAAUGACAUUUCAGAGUUGUUAUUCAAAAGUGAUGCAUUGAAUUAGCAGGGUGAUUCCUAUGGGCAUAGCGUGGCGUUGUGAAAUAUGAGCAUUAGAUAGAUGAAGGCAGUAUUCGAUAUUUAGACGGCUCAUCUCUUUCG